AUGAAGGCCUCUCCAUUGCUCAUCUCGUGGCACAACGACAAUGCCCCCAUCUACUCUGUUCACUUCGAUCCUAACGGCAAGGGCCGACUAGCAACGGCUGGAAAUGAUAAUAACGUUCGACUCUGGCGAGUGGAAUGUACCGGAGAGGAACGAAAAGUCUCGUACUUGAGCACAUUGGUGAAACACACACAAGCAGUGAACGUGGUCCGAUUCUGUCCCAAGGGCGAAAUGUUGGCCUCCGCUGGCGAUGAUGGUAACGUCCUGCUGUGGGUGCCCUCAGAACUUCAAACUCAGCCAGGGUUAGGAGAAGAUCGACUUGAUGACAAGGAGACCUGGCGCGUCAAACACAUGUGCCGUUCCUCUGGUGCCGAAAUCUAUGACUUGGCUUGGUCUCCGGAUGGGGUCUUUAUCAUCACCGGCAGCAUGGACAACAUUGCCCGUAUUUAUAACGCCCAGAACGGCCAGAUGGUUCGACAAAUUGCGGAGCACUCCCACUAUGUACAAGGUGUCGCCUGGGAUCCUUUGAAUGAAUUUGUCGCAACACAGUCCUCCGACCGCUCCGUCCACAUCUACAGUUUGAAGACUAAAGACGGUCAAUUCACACUGACCCCGCACGGUAAGGUUCUGAAAAUGGACUUGCCAGCCAAGCGCAUCUCCUCUAGCAGCCCUGCCCCGGAGUUGAGCCAUAGGCCAUCGCAGAGCGCGAACACUUCGAUUGCUAUUGCAUCCCCGGCUCCGUCGACACCGGGAACUCCCAUGACUUCAAAUCUACCCAUGGACCCCCCACCAGUCUCCCACAGCCGACGUUCAUCAUUUGGCUCAUCACCAUCGAUCCGGCGCUCUGCGUCGCCUGCGCCAUCUCUACCACUGCCUGCGGUCAAGCCGCUUGAGAUUUCCUCCCCCAGUCUUCUUGGCAGUCUUGGGGUGAAAAACUCUAGUAUCUACGCCAAUGAGACAUUUACCUCCUUCUUCCGCCGACUCACAUUCACUCCCGAUGGAAGCCUUUUGUUGACGCCGGCUGGCCAGUACAAAACCUCCCACGUGUCAGCCACGGACCCUUCAAAGACAACUGACGAGAUUAUCAACACGGUCUACAUCUACACGCGUGCUGGCUUCAACAAGCCGCCUAUCUCUCACUUGCCCGGUCACAAGAAGCCCUCUGUGGCUGUCAAGUGCUCGCCUAUCUUCUACGCUUUGAAGCAGGCAAUGUUCCCCCCUUUACCGGACUCUGUUGUGGCACCCAAUACCACGUCUUCUAGUAAGCCAUCUAUGGAGCCUCCAUCAUCUACAUCCGGCUCCGUUGAGCCAUCAAAGACUCAGCCUUCACCGAAGACCGCAGAAACGCAGAGCGCUGAUGCAGGCGUUGCACCUGUAUUUGCCCUUCCGUACCGUAUUGUUUACGCUAUCGCCACUCAAGAUGCCGUGCUGGUGUAUGACACGCAACAACAAACACCGCUGUGUGUCGUGAGCAAUCUUCAUUUUGCGACAUUUACCGAUUUGAGCUGGUCUAACGACGGACUGACCUUGAUUAUGAGCUCGUCGGACGGUUUCUGCUCUUGUCUGUCCUUUGCGCCGGGGGAGCUAGGUCAAGUCUACACGGGGCCAUUAUCGACGGGCUCCAACCCUGCCCACGCAAACACCCCAGUGGCAAGCAGUACGCCCCUGUCGACACCAGUGCCCGCUGCCCAAUCACCCGUAAAGGUGAAUCAUGGACAACCGGGUAUUGUAGGAUCUGCCGCGUCGAACAGCGGUCAGAUGCCUCCGGCCAGCCCUGCACGAUCAAUUUCCGCUAGCUCAAUACCAAACCAGAUAUCCGCAUCACAGCCGGCGGCAGUCAUCAAUAAUCCCACCCCUACCCUUGGGUCUGUCCCGUCAGUCACUGCGACGAAUUCUGCGCCGCCAUCUGCCCUCCCACUCACCACGCCACCGCAGACGCCCUUACCCAGCGCGACAACCUCUUUUUCUGGAAGUGUCUUGGGCAAACGUGAUACACCUGCAAUCACCGACUCAGAAAAGGGAGAUGCCAAAGUUUCUGAGGACGCAGAGGCAGUACAGGCCCCGAAGAAGCGCCGAAUCGCGCCAACGCUUGUCUCAGCUGGCACUGAUUCCACGCAACCAAAAGACCCCGGAACUUCCUAG